UUAUUACAUGAUGACAAUUUUGUUAAGUAAAACAAGCAAAAAGGGAGCUUGCGUUCACCUAAAAAAAAUACCAUACCACAUUACCACUUUUCUUGGUUUCAUCGGGUGUGACACGUGUAUGUCUUCUCCCCUCCAUUGUCACUUUCACCUUUAAUUUCUCCCCUAAUUAUUUCCCAUUUACUUGUUUUAUCCGUUAAAAUAAACAAAUCUUUCAAAUUUCCAAACUUUAAUACACAUUAUAUUAGUAUCAAUUACAUUUCAUUAAUCAAUUUUUUUUUAAUUAAUUACUAAAAAGCAUUUUUCUUGCUUUAAUUUCUGUUGCGUCUUCUUCUUCCCAUUCUCUCCUUCUCUCAGCUCUUUUAUACUGGUAAGCAACUCUGUCGCCUCAUCUUCUAGCCCCUCUUUUUGGUUUAUUUUUAAUAGUAAUUAUUAUUAAUUAUUAAUGUAUUUCAUUUUUCUUGAAUAUUAAUGAUGAAUUAAGCUGAGUUUCUUCAUUUUAUUAUCUGGGUUUUUUCUGGGGUAGAUUAAUUUUGUGAUUUGGUGAAGUUGAAAGGUACAGAUGAUUGAAGGGUGCAGAAAGAUUGCCUCAGAUCUGGGUAACAUACAGUGGACUUUUUAAUUUGGGAAUAAGGGCAUUCAUGUGAUUUUUUUUUUUUUUUUUUUUUUUAAAUAUAAAUUUUGUUAUUGUUAAAAUUAUCAUGACACUUUGCUUUAUCUCUAAUUUUUGAGAUUUUCGAAAUCGUAAAAAAAAAUUAAAAAAAAAAAAAAAAAAAAAAAAACAUUCUUGUUGGGUUUUUUUUAAUAAUUUUCUGGGUUAUUAAUUGUUAGAUUAUUUGAAAGGAUUUGAGUUCAUUUGAUUGAUAAGGGUUAGUUGAAAAGAAAUGGUGUUAGAUUUAUAUGAAAUGGAAUUAGGAAUUUAGUAAAAGUGUACAGGAUUUAUUGAUGAUAAACUGAUAGAAUUUUGUUUGAUCUUUGUUGUUGUUUAUUUUCUUGGGAUUGAAGCUAAUAACCGGUUGUUUGAGCAGUAAUAUUUGUGGGGAGUAGUGAGGGGAGAGAGGAAGGUGAUUUUGAAUAGAUUUAGGUACCGCCUACUUGAUGAACUUGAUAGUUUUUGCCUUGGUGUUGAGUGAUUGAGGAGUUGAUUUGGUACCGGAUUCCUUAUCCGUGUUUUGUGAUCAGCGCUUAUGACUCAUGCUAAAGUGGGAAGAAAGGUGAAUUUGUGUUAAUCGGUUUGUGAUAGAUGGAGUUUGUGGAGGAGAUUCCGAAAGCAGUUAGUAUGCCGUUAAUGAUUGGCAAUCUUGUUAGUGAGGAUAAGGCUAUUAGUACGCCUCUGCAGCUCGCUGGGCUUGUGCUGAAAGCGAAUUCGUAUAGCCUGUCACCAGAUAGACCUGAAACAAAAGCACUCUUGGUGCCUAGUAUUGUUGGGAAUAAGGUUUUUAAUUGCAAUGAUCAGCCUGCCAAACUCAGUACAUCUGUAGAAUCUUUCUGUGUUAAGAAUCACGAGGAAGAGCCUGAAUUACUGAGGGUGGUGGUCUCCAAUCAUAGUUCUGGUGUUUCUAAUGAUAUCAUUGGUCAGGAAAUCGGGGAAGAAGAUUUUGUAUCCUACUCACAGUCUUUGGCUAGUGAAAAUAGCAGCAAUUAUGGUGAGGAAUCCCUAGCUGCUGAGUCUAAUUCUGAUGCAAACUCACCAGCCUCAAGUGAUACCGAGAAGAACACCCUAUCAGUUGCUCCCCAAAAGUAUAAUACUAUGGGAUCAAAUUCCAUGUCGAAGCCUGUUAGAGAUGUGUUUGCAGUUGCAGAAGAUCUUGACGUGGACGAUACUCGUCGACAUGAUCGAAAUAUGACGAUGGGUCUUCUUGAAGCAUCGCACGAUAAAAUCAAUAGAACGAAGAGCAGCCAUUGCAUAUUUGAAAUGGGUUCUAUACCUCUUUGGGGUUUCACAUCUAUUUGUGGGAGGAGACCAGAAAUGGAAGAUGCUCUUGCUGUUAUACCAUGUCUCCAAAAGCUGCCAAUGAAAGUUUUGGCAGGAGACCACAUGUUGAAUGGAAUGAGUCAGACUGCACAUUUCUACGCUGUCUAUGAUGGACAUGGAGGUUCUCAGGUUGCUAAUUAUUGCCGAGAUCAUCUCCAUGUGGCAUUGUCUGAAGAGAUAGAAUUUAUGAAGAGGGGUUCCCAAAAUGGAAGUUUUCUAGAUAACUCAGAGGAGAAAUGGGAAAAAGCAUUCUUUCGUGCUUUUCAUAAAAUUGAUGCUGAGGUUGGAGGAGUUCAUCAAGGCCAUGCUGGUGUGAAUGAUGAUUCAUCUGAGACUAGUCUUGAACCCAUCGCACCUGAGACUGUUGGGUCAACAGCUAUUGUGGCUGUUGUUUGCUCAACACAUAUCCUAGUAGCUAACUGUGGUGAUUCAAGAGCAGUGCUAUGUCGUGCAAAAGCACCUAUGCCUUUGUCAGUUGAUCAUAAACCUGACCGAAAAGAUGAAUUGGAUAGGAUAGAAGCUGCAGAUGGAAAAGUCAUACAAUGGAAUGGCUACCGUGUUUUUGGUGUUCUUGCAAUGUCAAGGUCCAUUGGGGAUAGAUAUCUAAAGCCGUGGAUUAUUCCAGAUCCAGAAGUAAUGGUAAUUCCUAGGUCGAAGGACGAUGAUUGCCUCAUUUUAGCUAGUGACGGUUUAUGGGAUGUGCUGACGAAUGAAGAAGCCUGUGAAGCAGCACGAAGGCGAAUUUUGCUGUGGCAUAAAAAGAAUGGAGGCAGCAUGUCCCUGGAGCGGGGAAAGAGUAUUGAUCCUGCUGCUCAAGCUGCAGCCGAUUACCUUGCCAAGCUUGCUUUACAAAAGGGUAGCAAGGAUAACAUCACGGUUAUCGUGGUGGAUUUGAAACCUCUUAGGAAGUUGAAAUGCAAAACUUAGAGGUAACACCGCCCUAUUUGAGAGUGGAGUUAGUAAUAUUUUUUACAAUCUUUUUUUUUACUCCCUAAGUCUUAGUUACGAGGUUUUCUCUUUGUUCUUCUUUAGACAUGAUAUAGAAAUAUCAUCUGAGCUAUGUGGUAACAAAUAGUCGAGUAGCUCCGUAUAGUUUUUGUAAGGAGCUCCUGCAGUAGCAUGAUGUAUAUAUGUUAUGUAUACCCAAUUAGUGGAGUGGAUGACAUAAAAUGUCAUGCACGCACUGAUAGUUUGAUAAUUAGCCUUGAGGGAUCAAUAAAUUGUGCAUUUUCUUUGCGAAGGUAAUUGAUUAUUGAUUGUGAUAGUUA